CCCUAUUACGCGGAAGCUCUAUAACUCCAUACUCCCGGAGUUAUCACGCGUUCACUCACUGGUUUGCCUAGCCACGGUGUCUCACGGUGUAAAGUGCUCUCCGUUUCAUCCGCCUUGUUGGACCAAAGGACACGUUACACUCGCUUCAACAAAUCGUGGAUCAUGUCUUCAACACUCCAGAAGCUCAUCACCCCCCUGGCCGAGGGCCCCGCUGAGCCCCCCAGGAACAAGGUGACCGUGGUGGGCGUCGGAAUGGUCGGCAUGGCCUGUGCCGUCAGCAUCCUGCUCAGGGAUUUGGCUGAUGAGCUGGCUCUGGUGGAUGUGAUGGAGGAUAAGCUGAAGGGAGAGAUGAUGGACCUGCAGCACGGCAGCCUGUUCCUCAAGACGCCAGUCAUCGUGGCCGAUAAGGACUACGCCGUGACUGCCAACUCCCGUGUGGUGGUGGUCACCGCCGGCGUGCGCCAGCAGGAGGGCGAGAGCCGCCUGAACCUGGUGCAGAGGAACGUCAACAUCUUCAAGCACAUCAUCCCCCAGAUCGUCAAGUAUAGCCCCAACUGCAUCAUCAUUGUGGUGUCCAAUCCAGUGGAUGUGCUGACGUAUGUGACCUGGAAGCUGAGUGGGCUGCCCAAGCACCGUGUGAUUGGCAGCGGAACCAACCUGGACUCCGCCCGCUUCCGCUACCUGAUGGCCGAGAGGCUGGGCAUCCACUCCAGCAGCUUCAACGGCUGGAUCCUGGGAGAGCACGGAGACACCAGCGUGCCUGUGUGGAGCGGCACCAAUGUGGCUGGCGUGAACCUGCAGAAGCUGAACCCUAACAUGGGCAAAGACGGAGACAAGGAGAACUGGAAGGAUGCCCACAAAAUGGUGGUCGACAGUGCCUAUGAGGUGAUCAGGCUGAAGGGCUACACCAACUGGGCCAUUGGUCUGAGUGUGGCUGACCUGACAGAGAGCCUGAUCAAGAACAUGAACAGGGUUCACCCUGUCUCCACCAUGGUCAAGGGCAUGUUUGGAAUCGAUGAGGAGGUGUACCUGAGCCUGCCCUGUGUGCUGAACAGCACCGGCGUGAACAGCGUGAUCAACAUGACACUGAACGAUGAGGAGAUCGGCCAGCUCAAGAAGAGCGGCGACACUCUCUGGGGCAUCCAGAAGGACCUGAAGGACCUGUAGAGUCAUGCUACUGUGCAACCAUACAUAUGUACCCCCCCCCCCCCCCCCACACACACACACCUCAGUCUAAUUUCAAAAACCAACGCUCACACUCUGAGCUACACUCCUGCCCUGACUGAGUUGUCACACUCCCCACGUUACACACACACACACACACACACACUUCUAGCUGUUCUCUGUGGUGGACGUACACCCUUGCAUCUCCGUCCAACCCUCCUUUGCCCUUAGGCCUCCAUUUUGGAUGUGAUUGCUUGGCUGUCGUAUUGUUUGGUUUUAGUGGUUUAGUUUGUGCCCCCACCGCGAUGAAACAUCUUAAGAUGUCUCAUUCAGCUGGGUCCUUAGGAACAAGAGCGGGAUGAAGAAAAACAAGAAGGUGCUCUUUCCACCCAACUCCUCCCUUAUGGGUGUUUCAGUAGAUGCUGGUAUCUCUAUAUCCUCUUCCCCCUUUUCUAAUCUACUCCAGCAGUGUAGACACACACACCAGUAGCGCUUUAUUGAUCCCAGGUAUGGGGAAGAGGAUGUUUAUUUUUUUCUUGCGCACUCUAUUGUACCCUAUGUAGGAUCAAAAGGGAGGUCAGCCAAGGUGGAGGUGAACAAACACUGUCCUUUUUUUAAAUCAAGAUGGAAACUGUAGAUCGUCAUUCACACUGUUGAAUGUGUUUAAAGCUGACAACACUGAUGAAUAAGUUAAUAAACAUGUAAGACGAA